AUGCGCUUCACCACCGUCUCUCUCGCCCGCCUCAUGGCCUCGCUCUUCCUCAUCGCCUCCGUCACGGCCGUGCCCGUCCCCGCUACCACCUCAACCGGUCUGAGCGCCGCUGCCCAGGAAGGAGGCGCCGCCGACGCACGGAUCGCCGAACGCGACCUUUCGUCAUCAUCAUCGUCCCGCGCAGACACGGAUGCUGCCGCUGCCGAAGCCAAGAAGCGCGAAUUCACCACCACCAUGUUCGCCCUGAAGGAUCGCCUGCUGAUGAAGCGCCUGCCCAACCCUGAUCCGGCACCCAAGGCCGCUGCUGAGCCCAAGCGCUUCACUCUCGACGACUUCACCACCAUCGCGGCCGCCAACGAGAAGUACGACGGCCUGCGGCCCGAGGGCGCUGGCUACGCCGGCUUGAAGCAGCGCGGCCUGCCCGGCUGGUCGAGGAUCUAUUGA